AUGGAGGGCUAUCAACUAAUUUUCAAGAUGGUUGAAAAAGCCUUCGUGGACAGAAAAACAAAAGCGACCGUUUUCAUCUCUGGCAACACGUAUGAAAUUGACUUUGAAUCGAAGCGCCAGUAUCAGCCAAAUAGAGGAACAAGACGGAGAAAAGUCACUAGAGGAUCGCGAGCUGAACUGGGAGACCGAUUUCUGGGAAUUGCGGGUGUCCCCAAGCCAGACCCUGUUAUUGAUCUGACGAAUAGUGAUUAA